AUGUCACCAUCAAAACGAACACUUCCAAAAAUUCCAGUCACGAAAUUCGAAGAACCACCUAUGAAUGUGCCAGGAACCAGUUCAAACCGUUCCAUCUUGAAUUCAGUGUUUGCAUCACCGAAAAGCGGCUCAUCGAACUCUUCCCCAGAUCAUAACAUUUUUGAAAACACACCGGACAGAGAUGCUGAAAAACAAGAAAAAACAAUUUCGACACAAACCGAAGAAUUGAAUUCAUCUGAACGACGUGUGCGGUCUCAAACAUGCCCAGUGGAUUUACCAGGACCUGCGUCGGAAUCAAAAGAUGCUUUCAAAGCCGUUCGAACCGACGUGAUCAAGGCAACAGUGAAAUCUCGACCAGGACAAGCUCUUCCAGUUAAUAAUAAUUAG